AAAAGGAAAUGUCAGAUCGAAUGUUUAUGGCUUUAGCGAAGUACAGAUUGAAGGAGUACGAGAAGUGUCGAGUGAUAUGCGAUGAGAUUCUCGAAAAGAACCCUCAAGAUCUCUCCGCUUGGUCUCUGAAGGCACUCUUGCUAUCACAAAUGGUAUAUGUCGACGAAUCAGAAGUAGAUGAAAACGGAAUAGCUGAAGUGUUAUUAGACGAGCACUCGAUGUCUAAAGUCUCUAGACCUGGAACUUCGUUUAAUGCAACCAAUGCAAGCACAAGUAUAAGCAAAGCGAUUCGACCCACAACCCAAUCUGGACGACCAGUAUCCGGAUUUGUUCGGCCGGGAUCUGAAUCUGGACGUCCUGGAACAAUGGAACAAGUUCUUAAAACAGCUAGGACUGCUAGAUCGGCACGACCUAUUUCGAACUCCUCGGGACGUUACGUGAGAUUGGGAACCGCUUCCAUGAUUUCGUCUCCAGACGGGCCUUUCAUAAAUGUUGCCAGGCUGAAUUUUAACAAAUAUGGAGCCGAUCCGAGGCUGGCGAAGAUUCUGUUUCAGUACAUCUAUUACCAGGAAAAUGACGUUAAGAAUGCGACAGAAUUGGCAGCGGUAGCAACGCAAGCUACGAAGUUUAACGAUUGGUGGUGGAAAGUUCAGUUGGGUAAAUGCUACUUCAGAAUGGGGCUCUAUAGGGAAUCAGAGAAACAAUGGAAGUCAGCUGAAAAACUACAACCGAUGAUUGACAUUUAUCUCUAUCUUAGCAAAGUGUACUGUAAAUUAGACCAGCCCCUAACUGCUAUUGAAGUGUUGAAAAAGGGGAUUUCUCUGUUUCCCGAGGAGGUUUUCCUUCUGACAAACAUCGCGAGAAUCCACGAAUUGUUGAAUAAUACAGAAGAAAGUCAGGAAGUGUAUCGGAAGAUCUUGACUAUUGACAGUGUGCAUGUUGAGUCCAUAGCAAGCAUAGCAACUCAUCAUUUCUACACUGAUCAGCCGGAAAUAGCUCUUAGAUACUUCAGAAGGCUGUUACAAUUAGGAGUUGGAAACUCAGAAAUGUUCAACAAUUUAGGGCUAUGUUGUUUCUAUGCACAGCAAUGGGAUAUGACGCUCGGUUGUUUCGAGAAGGCAAUCUCAUUGGCCGACGAAGAUACGGUGUUGUCGGAUAUCUGGUACAACAUAGCACAUGUGGCCAUUUCAAUUUACGACACUGAUUUGGCUUGCGAGUGUCUCAAGUUGUGUCUAUCAGCUAACUCUGAUCACGCUGAAGCGUAUAACAAUUUAGGGGUUUUGGAGCUGAAAAGGGGUAACUACCCAUUAGCGAAGGCCUUUUUACAAGCGGCUAUGACCUUGAAUGGUGACCUUUAUGAAAGUCAGUACAACUACGCAGCUUUGAGCGACCAAGUUGGUCAAUUGCAAAGCAGCUUCGACUGUGCGAAGAAAGCAGUUGCCAGUUUUCCUCAGCACAAUGAUUCGCAACAUUUGCUCCAACAAUUAAAUAAGCAUUUUGCAAUGCUGUAAGGUUUAUGUAUGCAAUUCUGCUUGUCAAAUGAUUUCAAAUUGGUUCAUUUUAGAUUCAGAUCAAAAUUUAUGUGUGUAAAUAUUGUAUUUAUGUUAAUUGAUGUGUAAAAAUUGACAAGUGUGUAAAUUUAACAGUUAAAUAGGCUUUAA